AUGGUCAUCCCGACGCCGGUGGAGCUGCCACCUGUCGACAACAAUUUUGAGCCCGUCCCGGCUCAGGGCCCUCUGCCUACGGACUGCGUGGAAUAUUACCAGGCACGCUCGGACGAGACAUGCCGCGACAUUGUGGCAGCACACAAGAGCAUCACAGAGUCCCAGUUUCUAGCCUGGAACCCGUUCCUGAACAACAAUUGCGAUGGCCUGUGGGCUGGCUACUACUACUGUCUCUUCGCCGGUUCCCAGACCCCGGAGCCGCCGGUCCAGACAACGAUUCCUGCUUCCGUGGAGCCCGACACCACGUCGGAUUGCCUGGCGUGGUUCCAGAGCGAUGGGUUCAGCUGCGACGAUAUUGUCUUGAUAUUUGGGCGCUUCUCACUGUCCGACUUAAUCACGUGGAAUCCAAGCUUGGCGCCUUCGUGCGAGAACAUACGGCAUGACCACUGCGCCAGGAACAACCGUAUCAUCUGGACCUGUGGGAACACCAACACCUAUCCAGUCGAGCAUGAUCUCGGGCUGUCGUAA